AUGGACUGGGUUGGUCGGCAAGGACACAAGGUCAUAAUUUGGGCUUUGAAUCCCACUGAGCAAGUUCUGUCGCUCUUCUGGCAUGCUACAACGCCACAGACAACGCAGCCUUACUCGAUCGGUUCAAGCAGCCUCUCUCUGCAUCUUCCGGAUGGGCUACUACCUCUGGCUCCUACUUUCACGAUACACAAGACAGAUCUCCGGAAGCCGUACCCAAGCCCCGGUCAUCAGCGCAUCCUCCUACCGCCCUCUAACCGCCUCCCCCCAUUUGCAGUACUUCGAGAACCUUCUCACGGGGCUUCCACAGCACUGGAUGUGGUAGCAGCACAACUUCCGCGGCGCAGAAACGUCAAUACGAUUCUGCUGAAAAGGGGCGCGUUGAUACCCAUCCUCGUUGCCCUUGUUUUUCUGAUCUGGAAGAAAGCUUGUCUCAACCUCACCGCCAACUUCAUUGCCGACUCGCCGAUCUCAAUGUUAAACAGCCUUAUCGGAGUGAUUCUCAUGUAG